GAGAGCGCUUUACACGUGUGGAACGUGCUUUCGCGCAACUCCGUGCAUUACAGAAUACGCACGCACCUUGUCAGCGUCAACAUAACUGCGCAAUCGUGUACGACCUUCCGCCGAACUUGGAACCACGCGCGUGUCUUGACAGUCGUGUAUUUGGCGGGAAUUACGGUAUAUGUUUUCAUUUGGAAUUUACGUGGUAUCGAAGUCGAUUCAGUGGCUCCCCACCGUGUCAGCGGACAGCAUAUUGGUACUUUCGGGCCGUGUGCAAUAACGUUUCCCGUAAAAAUAUUUUCGUGUCGAGCAAGAAGCCCUAUGUGAUACGUUCGUGUGCCUCGCACUGCGCAGACGUGACAAUUGUGAACUCGCAGGAUUGACGCACGAUCGAACAGUUUUUUAAUCUCAACGAUAAACGUGGUAAUAACCUUCGCGGGAACACGUCGAAACACGCUCGCUGUCUCUUGGAGGCUCACGCGCAAGUGCGUGCGACGUUGCCGGCUUCUCCUCCCCUCGGGCUAUAUCUGCAAAUAUGUGAGAAGAGGAUGAAAAAACUUGAAAACAAAUCCACGUUCGAUUGUUGACAUCUAUUCCGGUUGUUUUGACUGUGGAGUUCCAUCUCUGAGACAGUAUGAGAUAGCCGUUACUGUUUUCCUGUCUUGCCUUUCGCUCUCUCUCGUCGUAGUACGCAAUAGCGUAUCCACCGUGUUGCCAAACAUACUGAUUUAUUGUACACGCUUCAAAUCGCCGAUGGUACACGCCGUAUUAAAAUAUAACAUCGAAUUUGCGGAUGCGCUUCGUGGAAAAAUCCGCGUCGCCGAGUGUUGGGCGCAAUCGUAGAAGAAUCAACGAUCAGCGUAGUAGCGAGGCGACGCUGGGUACGGCCAUUAUUCGAAAUUCGGUGAGUCGCGCCACACGACAACGUUGCCACGUCUUCAUGAACCGCGAGUAUUUUCAACGUUCCGUGAACGAUUCCUGGAAGAAGAUUCAUCAUCUCCGUGAACGGGACGUGUGUACACACAUAUGUAACACGUCGAAAUCAAUACCGGAAAAGACCGAUUUUCAACGUAGCGCUGCGCGUUCAUUGAAUCGGGCCCGUGUUGUUUGAGCUUAGCGGCGGCGGAUCGCGAAUCGAAAAACAGUAGCGGCGCUGAAAGGAGACAGAGGGAGUGAGAAAGAGGGAGAAUAGACUAGAGAGAAAGAGAGAGAGAGGGAAGGAGCGAAGAAAAGAGAGAAAAAGUGUUGUAGUGACUGCGUGAAAAGAAACGGAAGCUGUUUGUCUCGUGAAAAACGCUUGGUUAUUGGUAACUGCGAGGGAGAGCGGCGACAUUGCCGGCGUGAAAGACUAACGAAAUAUGAGCGCUCGAGUGUUGAAUCCGGUGAUGAUGACGGAAAUGAGCAGGAAUUUGGGUGGAGGACGAACGGUGCCGAGCAGAGCAGCCCUUGCCCGUGUUCGAAGGGACUUGUUCGGGCCUGUGGACCACGCUGCGGCUCGCGCGUUAGCCGAACGGGAGUUGCGCGCUCAAUCCGUGCUCGAUGCCGAGCGAUGGGGAUUCGACUUUCACUUGGAGGUACCGAAAACGAAUUCGAGGUACGAGUGGGAGAUGGUUACACCGCAGGACGUGGUGCCUGAGCCCUAUGCCCUGCGGGGUAUGCCCUACUUGAGGAAACACGCGCCAAGUACGCCUCGGAAACCACGAGAUUCCUCGCCCACCACAAAACUCCUCCGUAAGGAUCCUCCGUCUCCGAAGGUGACUCCGAUCCUGUCGGCGUCGGAACGAACGCCUCCACAGGAGCCGAGAGUACCGCAGAUCGGCGAGAUCACCACCACCAGCGAUCUGUUCGACUUCGACUCGGACAAGAAAAUGUACAUCGCCGAACCUACUACACCCAUUCUAUCAACCUCCGCAACGAGGAAACAGUCCUCCAUAACCGACUUUAUGAAGAGUCGUAAACGUAGCCUAAACGGUAGCGCGAAGAGCAUGAUAGAGCCGCCGGAGAAGAUGGCUCGCAACGCGGGUCAGAUACGCAGCUAAAAGCCUUCCAGCUUCCUCCUUCAGCCUCGCUGUCUUCUUCCAUCUGUUUGGAGCGCGAGUGGAACCGGAAAACAUGAAGCAUCACUGCCAGGAGGAACGAGAAAGGCAGAAAGCUCUGGCAGGAGGCGCGAGGUCCGUUGGCUGUGCCAUUCACGUAGAUUUAUCCGCCAUGCAUAACGGUGGGAAAAAUAAAAACAAAAAAAAAUGGGGUAGUGCCGUUUGUUUCAUUGUGUACGCAUGUCGUAGACAUGCCACGGAAAUUUACAAAGUAAAUUUACAACAACAACAACAACGACUAUGAUAAUUGGAUGAACGGACAGAAGAAGAACGAUAUUCCAUGGUUGUUGCUAUCUCCUUUUUUUCUUUUUUCUUCUCUUUUUUUUUAUAUAUAUAUGUCACUCGUGUUCUUUUGCAUUAGGCUCUAAACAAAUUAGAGUAUAUAUAACGAGAGAGAUGAUGAGAGAGAGAGAGAGAGAGAGAGAGAGCGUGUGAGUACAUAAGUUUUUCACGAAAUUAAUUAAUGUAAUAUAUUUUCCAUUUAAUUCUGAAAUGAACCGAAGACGAGUGAAUAAUGGGAUACGUACGUACACUUCAAUACAAGUGUAAAAAAACAAAAUAUAUAUAUAUAUAAAUACUUCUUGGACUUAGAUGUUAAGAAUAGGUAUUAAGUGAAAGUGAAUUGCGUUUCUACCGCGUGAAUAUUUUUUUUUUUUUUUUUUCUUUUGGAAAUCGGAAACCUUUUUGAAUAAUACUCCGUGAGUUUUCAUCGACUGUUCCAUUCGAUGGGGAUCCACGGAUGUUUUUACGAAUAUUUCGAAACAAUAACGAAACUGGAUUCAUCGGACAGAAUUUCGCGAUAGUUUCGACAGUAUAUACUUGAAACGAUCGCGAAAUUAUAAAAUGUUGGAUUUUUUUUUACGUGUAACGUACAAAAAAUAGAAGAAACAACAUUCGGACAAUGAUUUUUACACAUUUGAGAAUAAAAUAGAGAAACGCAAUCAUGUUUUCGUAGCCGAAAAGAGACCGAUUCCCGAGGACGAUUAACGGAGAGAAAGAUAUAAUUUAGAUUGUAGUUGGUUACCCGCGUUUAAGCAUUGAUCUCCUGUACGAUUUUAAGAAAGUACAGCCGAUGCCAAAUCAUCCCCGCGAUAUUUUUCUUUCCUUUUGUACCUUCGAGGAAGGUAUCUUUGUUAUAUUUGGCCUCCUCCUCCUCCUCCUUCUCCUCCUCCACCCCUCCCUUUCCCUCUUUCACUUCGUCACCAUAAAUUCUGCUAAGUGUUAGAGUAAAGCUUCGUGAAGAUUGCAAUUUUUUUUUUUAAAUCAUUCUUUCUGUCAAAAAAAAAAGAAAAAAAAAUGAGGAGAAAAAGUCAUUGAACGAAUAUUGUAUUAUCUUCAUGCGAGUUUCGUGCAGAACGACAUAUAAAUCAAAUUUAUAGUUGCUCUGUAAAUAUAAAAUAUGCAAUCCUCGUUUAGCUUUUUCAAAGAAUUUUGUAUUUUGUUAUCUUCGUUCAUCAUUUCUGUACAAAAUCGUCACGAAGCCGAGUCCUGUUAUAUUUUUAACGUUUUACGAUCAGACUUCAGACAUUGGCGACGUAGCCGCGGUCAAAGCCGUUAAAAGUUCUCCGUAGUCUAUAAAAAAAAAAACCUACCGCUUUUUGUUUUUCUUUGUACAGAUAUUAAUAGGCUGAACGCGUUUUGCGCAGCGUACACUUAAGAGAACGUUUUAUUAGGUUUAUUCGGGAAUAAUUGACGAGUACAAAUCGUAGCUUCUGGAGGUCUUUUAAACGGUUCUUGAAAGAAUUAUGCAGGGAUGCAACUUGUAUUCGAAUCGUUUUACACCGUGUUAACGAGAGCACGAGGUGUUUGACGUACACACUGCUUGACGUACAUUUUGGAACGAACCAAAAUUUUCCUUUGUUAUUUUCUUCAUCGCUGAUGAAUUUACGUAAAACGUACUAUUAAUGUAAAUGUAAUUGUAUAUCUUAAAUGGCAUAUUGAUUUUAUAAUGGUAGCUGUUUAUUACAACUUCUUCUUUCUCUCUUCUUCUUUUUUUUUCUUUUUUGUUUGUGAUAAUUUGGUUAACGCCACCCUGUGAAGUAUCCUCCAUAUACCCUCCCCUCCUCUCUCCCCACUCGGGUACACAUUUUUUCCGUUCAUUCCUCUCCCACUUUGAGAUUAUAAUUCAAAAAUACGACUGGUGGUUACAAGCUAUUUUUUUCGUAGUUAGCUCGCGAAGUGCGCGCCAUGAGUGGCGGUACUGAUUCGUUGUGGAAUUCUAAUGGUCGUUUUUCAUACCGGUUACUCUGUAUUCUCGAUGUUUCAAUGGCGCUUUCAUAGCCGCGAUACUUGCAUUACGAGAGCCUCGCGAUAAGAAGUCAAAUUGAAGCAGCAGUUUUGUACGGAGCGCGUUUGAAUUUUGAUUUUCCUCCUCGACGAAACUUUCAGUUCGCUGACUACUCGUACGGGCUCGAGCAAAUCUGUGAAAUCCUAACGAAUUAUCGAAACAAAACGAUGAUUCAACGGCAGACUGUGUACGACGUUUUCGGUCUUGGCACUUUUUCUACUAAUAUAUGACAAAAAAGACGCGUCGAACCGCCGUGGAAUCUCGUCAGAUCUGAAAGAAUCGCACUAGAUGGAAGAAUGAUAGUCUGCCGUCGAGAAAGAAACGAAAAAAAAUAGUAAAAGAGAAUAAUCUUAUGCCUAUGUAACCCUGUGAUGUAUUAGUAUGAUCUCAGUAAACGUAACGUAGCGUGUACUUCUUAUUUGUAAUAAGCAUAAAUGUAUAUGUGCGUUUCAAAACGUGACGCCUCAGUAAAAGAAAAAAAAAAAAAAAAAAAAAAAGAGUAUGAAAGGUAACAUAUGUUUGAGCACGAGUGGCCGAUGUUUGUUUAUGUGGGUGACUGUUGAAAAUGAAAGAAAGACGAGCAAAAAAUACCCAGUGUCUCCGCGUAAAAGAUUUCUAUGCGUAACGACAAUAUAUUAUUAUAUAAACUAUAAUCGUAACAGAGUCUAAAAAAAACUAACCUACGUAAGUAAAUGCCUAUGUUUAUUAAAAAAAGAUUUAUCUGAAA